UCAUACUGUCCUGUUGUGUUGUGUUGUGUUGGAACUUGGAAGUUUCAACAGAAAAUUUUAUUUAUUUCAAUAUAAAUAAUUUAAAAAUUAAUCUAUAAUUUAAAAUGUCGCUUACAUUGCUCUUGGAGAAAUAUGAUGUCUCUACAGAAGAAGGUCUACAAAAAGCCUUAUCAGAAAUAGAAAAAGAAGAGACGGAAGUCGAUGAAGCUCUAUCGGGCGUUUUGACUCGCGCCUGUUCGCUGGAAGGCAGACUGAGGACUGCCAGUCAGGCGUACGCGAAGCUGGGAGUAGUGAAGGCUGACGCUCAGGUCGCGGCUGACAUGGUGGAGAAGACUGCUGUACUAGCAAGUGAUGUCAGUGCUAAAGUUCGACAACUUGAUCUAGCCAGAUCCCGUGUAGCAGAGUGUCAGCGGCGGGUGCAUGAUCUGAUAGACCUGCAGCUGUGCAGUGUGGGUGUAGAAGCAGCGAUCAAAGCCCAUGAUUAUGAGACAGCGGCAAUGCACGUGUCGCGGUUCCUAAGCAUGGACCCAGAGUCUGUGCGCGCGGCGCACGAGCGCGGCCACACUGUCGCGCCCGACCUGCAGCGCGCGCUCGCCGCCGCCGCACACACGCUGCGCGGACAUCUCAUUAACAAAUUCGAAGAAGCGGCUAAAAAAGAGGAUGAUGCGGCCGUGGAGCGCCUCUUCAAGUUGUUCCCCCAGAUCGGGCGAGCGGAGGAGGGCGUUGACCUCUUGGCUAAAUACGUAGCUCAUCAGCUAGACACAAGCACCCGGCGGCUGAGCGUGGAGGCGGGCGCGGGCGCGCACGCGCAGGCGCUGAGCGGCGCGCUGGAGGGCGGCGCGCGCGCGCUCGAGCGCGUGCGCCGCGCGCUGCCCGCGGCUGCGCUGCUGCUGCGCGCUGUGUCUAUCAUACAGCCAGUGGUAUGCAAUGGGGCAUCGAGAGUGUGCUCCGCUCUCCGCACUUCAAAACUGGAUGUCCUCAGUCCCACAGGGUCCAAGAGGAAUGCCAUUGCAGCGGAACCAGUGUUGUUGGAGUUGGCGCUGGCUUUGAACAGAAUCCGACUUUAUUUCGACUUCUUGAGGAGGAAAAUUGAGGCUGACGCAUCAGAGUUGGACGAAUCCGGUCAGAAAGCGGCGUCGGAGCAGAUUGAAAAGAUCAUAGCAAAUUGCGACCUUACAAGGACUGCGCAAGAUCUGUUGGGCCAAUACUUGGCUUUGGAGAGGUUCUUCUUGGAGGAGAGCGUCAGUAAAGCGCUCAAACUGGCCGUCCCGAGCGCCGGCGCCGGCUCCAGCCUCGUGGACGACGUCUUCUUCCUCGCCAGGAAGGUGAUCAGGCGAAGUAUAUCAACGGGCACUGUGGACGGCGCGUGCGCAGUUCUCAAUGAAACGAGCGCUUUGCUAGAAAGAGAAUGUGCGUCUGCCCUAAGGAGAUGGCUUCGGACCGCCCCGCCCGAUACCUUACCAUUCCCGUCGCCCCCUGACUGCCAGAACAUUGGAGAUUUGAAUCCUGCUUUGGCUCUGGCUACAAGAUUGAACAGGGACUUGGAAGCCCAACGAGCUUUGUUUUUGGCGCACAUGAACGAGGCGGAGUCUGGCGGCGAGUGGUCGGAGCGGCUCGCGAGCGAAGCCGCGGGCGAGGCGGCGGCGCUGUGUCGCUCCGAGCGGGAGCUGGACAAGCUGCAGUCCUGCGCCGCUGGUCUAGCAGCAGCGGCGGCCGCGUUCCGCGCCGCCCACGACCUGGCGCUGGCGGCGCUGCUCGCCGCUCUCAAGCCCAAAGUCGUGGCGUGGGCCGAGUACAUAGCUGACCCGGGACUUGAUAUCGGCGAAGCCGAAGAAGAAUGCGACGCCGGUGCCCUGCCGUUGGCGCUGGAGACGCUGAGCGACGCCGCGCGGCAAGCGUUGUCCAGCACCAGCUCGGAGCGGCUGCUGACGGCCGUGGUUGUGGACGUGGCCACCAGAGCCGAGGACAGGAUUUUAUAUCAUCACUAUAAUAAGAGCGGCGGCCUCCUGGUGGAGCGGCGCGCGCGGCGACUGGCGGCGUGGGCGGGCGGCGGCGCGGGCGGCGCGCGCGAGCGCUGUGCGCGUCUCGCCGCCGCCGCCGCGCUGCUGGCGCUCGACCGCGCGCACCACGCCGUCUCCAGCGCCAGGCUCACGCCGCACCAGGCGAGGGACUUCCUCAUACGAAGAACCGACUUCAAGAUAGAAGAUAUCAAAAGGUUGAAACUAUAAAUAUAAUAUUUGAUUAUAUUAUAUACUCUUGCAAAGAAAUAUAAAUUAUUACUAUAUGAGUUAUUACGAAAUGUCUAAUAAAUUAUAUACUUAGCUUAUAAUAUUACAAUUAUUAUUAUGAUGAGAAAUAAAAGGCAUUGAUAUGACUAACGUUUUAAUUCUUUUUAUAAUAGGUACAUUUAACAUUUACUUGUCAAAAUGCUGAAUAGUGACAGUAACAACUAACCUAUGUUAAAAAAAAAACAUACUCGUACAGCUCAAAUCAAAUAUUUACAAAAGAAUCGAUUUUUUGCUCGAAAUAAACAAUCGAAAAAAAAAAAGAAAUAAAGUUACGAUAAGUAUAAAACAUUUUGUAUAUAUCAAACACAAAAA